AUGGAGAGGUACGUGGUGAAUGACGAGAAAGAGGUUUGCGUUGGGGUUUAUUUUCUUAUUCUGACAAAAACCUUGGGAGAGGCAACGACAGCGAAUCCUGUUUUCCAGUGGUUUAACGGCAUAGCUUAUUCCUCAACUGUUGAACUAGCUUCAACAUCAUCGGUGCUUGGUGAAGGUCGGUUGGUAGUAAAGAACGCAACCAAUUUUGGCUACAAACUAGAGCUCGCAUCAUUUGCUCCCCACACAAUUCUCCACCAUCGAGUGCUUUUGACAUUGGGAAGCCAAGAUAUUGUGCUUUUCAUCCUCAACCUCACCAACAAUCAUCUCUACAUAAG